GGGGAAAGGGGGGGGGAUAAAAACUGUCCACCAUAGUACGACUAUUGGGACUACCCCUAGCGGACACGGGUUUGUUUGGGAAGAGGAACAAUUCUUAGAAACAAAGUGACUGGCGAUUCUUAUGCAUUUUUGUCUUUCUCUUUCAAAUGGGUAACAGAAAGAUAGACAUUUCAGUAGCUAAUAGUUGAACUGACGACAUUUGUAAGAGAGACAUUUCUGUAAUUUAUAGAUAGACAUUUAAGUAGCUUAUAUUUUGAACUGACGACAUUUGUUAGAUGGACAUUUCAUUAACUUAUAUUUGAACUGACGACAUUUGUAAGAUAGACAUUUCAGUUACUUAUAAUUUGAACUGACGACAUUUGUAAGAUAGACAUUUCAGUUACUUAUAAUUUGAACUGACGACAUUUGUAAGAUGGACAUUUCAGUAAUUUAUAUUUGAACUGACAACAUUUGUAAGAUAGACACUUCAGUAACUUAUACUUGAACUGACGACAUUUGUAAGAUAGACAUUUCAGUAAUUUAUAUUUCAACUGACGACAUUUGUAAGAUAGACACUUAAGUAACUUAUAUUUGAACUGACCAAAUUAGUAAGAUAGACAUUUGAGUAACUUAUAUUUGAACUGACCAAAUUAGUAAGAUAGACAUUUCAGUAACUUAUAUUUGAACUGACCAAAUUUGUAAGAUAGACAUUUGAGUAACUUAUAUUUGAACUGACCAAAUUAGUAAGAUAGACAUUUCAGUAACUUAUAUUUGAACUGACCAAAUUAGUAUAAGAGACAUAAUUUGAGUAACUUAUAUUUGAACUGACCAAAUUUGUAAGAUAGACAUUUGAGUAACUUAUAUUUGAACUGACGACAUUUGCAAGAUAGACAUUUGAGUAAGUUAUAUUUGAACUGACCAAAUUUGUAAGAUAGACAUUUGAGUAACUUAUAUUUGAACUGACCAAAUUUGUAAGAUAGACAUUUGAGUAACUUAUAUUUGAACUGACCAAAUUUGUAGGAUAGACAUUUGAGUAACUUAUAUUUGAACUGACCAAAUUAGUAAGAUAGACAUUUGAGUAACUUAUAUUUGAACUGACCAAAUUUGUAAGAUAGACAUUUGAGUAACUUAUAUUUGAACUGACCAAAUUAGUAACAUAGACUAUUCAGUAACUUAUAUUUGAACUGACCAAAUUAGUAAGAUAGACAUUUCAGUAACUUAUAUUUGAACUGACCAAAUUUGUAAGAUAGACAUUUGAGUAACUUAUAUUUGAACUGACCAAAUUUUUAAGAUAGACAUUUGAGUAACUUAUAUUUGAACUGACGACAUUUGCAAGAUAGACAUUUGAGUAAGUUAUAUUUGAACUGACCAAAUUUGUAAGAUAGACAUUUGAGUAACUUAUAUUUGAACUGACCAAAUUUGUAAGAUAGACAUUUGAGUAACUUAUAUUUGAACUGACCAAAUUUGUAGGAUAGACAUUUGAGUAACUUAUAUUUGAACUGACCAAAUUAGUAAGAUAGACAUUUGAGUAACUUAUAUUUGAACUGACCAAAUUAGUAAGAUAGACAUUUGAGUAACUUAUAUUUGAACUGACCAAAUUUGUAAGAUAGACAUUUGAGUAACUUAUAUUUGAACUGACCAAAUUAGUAAGAUAGACAUUUCAGUAACUUAUAUUUGAACUGACGACAUUAGUAAGAUAGACAUUUGAGUAACUUAUAUUUGAACUGACCAAAUUUGUAAGAUAGACGUUUGAGUAACUUAUAUUUGAACUGACCAAAUUAGUAAGAUAGACUAUUCAGUAACUUAUAUUUGAACUGACCAAAUUUUGUAAGAUAGACAUUUGAGUAACUUAUAUUUGAACUGACCAAAUUAGUAAGAUAGACAUUUGAGUAACUUAUAUUUGAACUGACCAAAUUUGUAAGAUAGACAUUUGAGUAACUUAUAUUUGAACUGACCAAAUUAGUAAGAUAGACAUUUCAGUAACUUAUAUUUGAACUGACGACAUUAGUAAGAUAGACAUUUCAGUAACUUAUAUUUGAACUGACGACAUUAGUAAGAUAGACAUUUCAGUAACUUAUAUUUGAAUGACGACAUUUGUCAAAUCCUCAUCUUGUUUCCUUGACUGUAUCAGGCGACGACACCACACAAAAAAUCUUCACGGCGCCAUUUGGGAUGUCCAUCCAAGGGUCUCAACCCGUGGUAUAUUCAUAUUGAUGAGAACCCGUAGUAUAUUAAUAUUGAUGAGAACCUGUGGUAUAUUCAUAUUGAUGACGAAUUGAACUUUUUCUGUUAAAAUUAUUCUUGCAGUAUGGCGUCUUGUGUGUCCCUGAUGUACACUCUUUUGGCUGCUGUCGCCGUGCUGGGAGUCUCUGGUAACCCAGGUAUGAGAAACUUUUGAUGCAUGGCCUCAUCAUAAUCAGCCUGGUCUAGCUGUACAUGGCCUCAUCAUAAUCAGCCUGGUCUAGCUGUGCAUGGCCUCAUCAUAAUCAGCCUGGUCUAGAUGUGCAUGGCCUCAUCAUAAUCAGCCUUGUCUAGGUGUGCAUGGCCUCAUCAUAAUCAGCCUGGUCUAGAUGUGCAUGGCCUCAUCAUAAUCAGCCUGGUCUAGAUGUGCAUGGCCUCAUCAUAAUCAGCCUGGUCUAGAUGUACAUGGCCUCAUCAUAAUCAGCCUGGUCUAGAUGUGCAUGGCCUCAUCAUAAUCAGCCUGGUCUAGAUGUGCAUGGCCUACUCAUAAUCAGCCUGGUCUAGCUGUGCAUGGCCUACUCAUAAUCAGCCUGGUCUAGAUGUUAUUUGGGCCUGCGCCCAGGGACCAUAAUCAUCAUCACCAUCAUCCCGAUUCCAUUUAGCUUCAAUUAAGUUUUAUAUUUAAACUACAUAUAUUGAUACACGCCCACGUCACUAUAUGGUAUAUAGCAAUGGAUUCCAAACCGUGUGUCACGACACAGUUGUGUGUCACCUGCAUGGGGAAGGUGUGUCGUGCGAACAUAAGCCAUACCCGGAUUCGCGCAUUUUUAGAUUUAAAAAAAGAAACGUGAAAUUAAUUAAUGUAAAGUUGUUGACAAAGAGGUGCAAAGUUUAAACUAUUUUACAAGCAGACCCCAGAAUUAUAUUACAAGUAGACCACAUCAAUCAGGAUUAUAUGACAAGCAUACCACAUCAGUCAUGAUUAUUUUAAAAUUUAUGGAAAUUGCAAAAAGAUUUUUAUUUUUUAAAGUAUUCCAAAACAACUGAGUGCCAGCUAAAAUGUGAUUAAUAGCUCAGUCAUUGUGGAUCAUUUGAUCCACUUCUUUCAACCGACGAAUGAACUUUUUUACUUACUGAAGAAUAAGCAGAAGUAACAAAUGAUUGGAAUCGUUCAAAAAGAUGUAGCUAGGGGGUGAUGUCACUUUAGGUCGUGUGUGAUGUCGCUUUAGGUAGAGGGUGAUGUCGCUUUAGGUAGAGGGUGAUGUCGCUUUAGGUAGAGGGUGAUGUCGCUUUAGGUAGAGGGUGAUGUCGCUUUAGGUAGAGGGUGAUGUCAGUUUAGGUCGUGUGUGAUGUCGCUUUAGGUAGAGGGUGAUGUCGCUUUAGGUAGAGGGUGAUGUCGCUUUAGGUAGAGGGUGAUGUCACUUUAGGUAGAGGGUGAUGUCACUUUAGGUAGAGGGUGAUGUCACUUUAGGUAGAGGGUGAUGUCACUUUAGGUCGUGUGUGAUGUCGCUUUAGGUAGAGGGUGAUGUCGCUUUAGGUAGAGGGUGAUGUCGCUUUAGGUAGAGGGUGAUGUCGCUUUAGGUAGAGGGUGAUGUCGCUUUAGGUAGAGGGUGAUGUCGCUUUAGGUAGAGGGUGAUGUCGCUUUAGGUAGAGGGUGAUGUCGCUUUAGGUAGAGGGUGAUGUCGCUUUAGGUAGAGGGUGAUGUCACUUUAGGUAGAGGGUGAUGUCAGUUUAGGUAGAGGGUGAUGUCACUUUAGGUAGAGGGUGAUGUCACUUUAGGUAGAGGGUGAUGUCACUUUAGGUAGAGGGUGAUGUCACUUUAGGUAGAGGGUAAUGUCACUUUAGGUAGAGGGUGAUGUCGCUUUAGGUAGAGGGUGAUGUCGCUUUAGGUAGAGGGUGAUAUCGCUUUAGGUAGAGGGUGAUGUCACUUAUGUAGAUUCGUGUCAAAAUUGCAUCCUUAAAAUAAAUGAAAGGUUUCUAUGAGACAUAUUGCGUCAUCAAAUAUUGGGCUAUUGCUCUCUUUUUUUUUUAUUGAGCCCGUAGAUCUUUAAAUGGGUUAAUUACCCCUCUCCCCCGGGCCGUAUACUGGUAAAACCAACUUACGGUGUCGUGAUCUGAUGUGUGUCUUAAAAGUGUGUCGCCAAAAUAAACACGUUUGGAAAGCGAUAUUCACUCCUCCCAAGUCUCCGAGGAUCUCUAUCCUAUACUUACCGAGUGCCAUCAAAUCAUUUAGAACAACUCACCACCGACUGUUCACUAUGUGCCAUCAACAUUAUUUAAGGUAAUGAUUUUCAUCCGAGCAGAUGUCAGCAGAUCUGCAUGAAAACUAAAACAUCGAAGCUCAUCAACCACCCACCCCCGGAGACACACCCCCCACCCCCGGUACCCAACACUUCAAAUAUGUCGAAUUGUGUAACAGACGUACAUUUUGCAAGAUACAAUUUUACAAACAUUAAUCAUUUCUUGUCAAUGGCCUAAAAGCGGGCAGAGGGGCCGGGGUGUCUGCCUGCCGAGUGCCGCACUGUUUACAUUUUAUGGUCAGUGAUGACAUUUUCGUCCAACUGCAUUUCAGAGUUUUUACGUGAGGAGGGCAGUGAACAUCUUUGCCCGCACCGGCGGCACUAAGCCUAUCUGUGGCACUAACCCUAUCGGCGGCACUAACAAUAUCUGCGGCACUAACCCUAUCGGCGGCACUAACCCUAUCUGCGGCACUAACCCUAUCGGCGGCACUAACCCUAUCGGCGGCACUAACCCUAUCUGCGGCACUAACCCUACACACUGCACGAACCCAGUACUUACACCCUAUAGAUAACAACACUUAACGGCACUAACCCUAUCUGCGGCACUAACCCUAUCUGCGGCACUAACCCUAUCUGCGGCACUAACCCUAUCUGCGGCACUAACCCUAUCUGCGGCACUAACCCUAUCGGCGGCACUAACCCUAUCUGCGGCACUAACCCUAUCUGCGGCACUAACCCUAUCUGCGGCACUAACCCUAUCUACACAACGGUUUCUAUAGCUCUUUGACUUAAUUAACUACCAGUCCCCAAUAGCUUUAAAUAACAUUAUAAAAAGAGCUUCUUUUUGUUUUGUAUCUUUCAAAUCCAUGCUAAUGUAUUGUGCGUCAUUUUGCCACCCUACAGCCUCCCCCUUCAGACCUCGUGUGAUUGGUGGCGUGGAGGUGUUCAACAGAUGCAGGUCGCCCCAUAACUCAAUCGUAGCCCUGCAGUUCACAUCCACAAAUGGACCCGUCACCUUCUGCUCGGCUGUCAUGCUCACAGAGUCCUACCUCGUCACUUCCGGAUUUUGUAUCGCCCAGUAAGUUCAGUUCGGAUGGUGUGAUUGGUGGAUGGAUGGAUGGGUGGAUGGGUGGAUGGACUGGCGGGUGGCUCGUUAGGGUAAUGUCUGGUGCGAACGAAUGGACAAAUCGAUACUUGGUUUGAACUAACGGAUAUGAUAGACAAUGUAGGAUGGUUUUGUCGAAUGGAUGGAUGGUGGGAUUUGGCGAUUGGAUAGAUGAUUCAGUCGAAUGCAUAAUUGUCUCGGACGAACAGAUGGUUUGUUUUAAUGAAUAGAUGAUGAAUUUGACCAAUAAUGUUAAGUUUGGACAAAGACAUGUAAAUCUGUCGAAUGACUGGUUGUUUUGAACAAAUUGAUACAAAAAUGGUUGCAAAAAUGAAUGCAAAAAAUGGAUGCAAAAAACGAAUGCAAAAAAUGGAUGCAAAUAACGAAUGCAAAAAAUGGAUGCUAAAAAACGAAUGCAAAAAAUGGAUGCCAAAAAUGGAUGCACACAUGAAUUUUCAUAUUGCUAUUACUUCGCCACAGAAUCAAAACACUUGCUGACAUUCCACUGGUGGCAGUUAUUGGAGAGAGAGACAUGCUGGGGACAGACGUGGGCGAACAGAGGAUCGCCAUCGCUAACUUCACGUCCCAUCGCCUCUACAACGACGUUACUCUUGGUCAGUGCUACCUGCAGUUAAUGUUUACAUUCCUGUCAAGCCUCAGUGGCAGAGAACACGGAUAUCAGAUGUUUAUUUCGUAAAUUGAUAUAUUAUGUAACUUAUUGUAACUAGUCAUUCACCAGCUGUGGCGAUUUCAAACUGGAAUAGAAGGGAUCUUUCUCACUUGGAGAUUAAUUUGAAAUCAAAAUUUGAUGUUUGAUGUCUCUUUUUUUUUUUAAAAUGACGGUUCAAUUACAAUUUAAGUAUUCCAUAAAAUAAUUUUGUAAAAUAAAAACGACUGCUAAGCCCGUCGUUGGUACGGGCUGGUUGGUCCUGGCUGGUUGGUCCUGGCUGGUUGGUCCUGGCUGGUUGGUCCUGGCUGGUUGGUCCUGGCUGGUUGGUCCUGGCUGGCUGGUCCUGGCUGGCUGGUCCUGGCUGGCUGGUCCUGGCUGGCUGGUCCUGGCUGGCUGGUCCUGGCUGGUUGGUCCUGGCUGGUUGGUCCUGGCUGGUUGGUCCUGGUUGGUUGGUCCUGGCUGGUUGGUCCUGGCUGGUUGGUCCUGGCUGGUUGGUCCUGGCUGGUUGGUCCUGGCUGGUUGGUCCUGGCUGGUUGGUACUGGCUGGUCCAUUUAAUGAAACUUCUUUUUCAAAGUAACGUUGGUUUUAAUGUGCUUAUUUUCAAUUGUAGUAUAAAGAUGAUAAAUAAACUUCAUUGGAUUCAACCGAACAGACACACACUUGAACAAUGAUUGAGCACAAUACGUGGAGACAUAGGAACAUAAUGUAUACGAAUGUAAUGAGCACGCACACACUUAUUUGUUUCUAGCCUCCCUUCGCCAUUUCCAGGAGUUUAUUUUCUGUAUCAGGGGACAUCAUUCAAGAUUUCCUGAAUUUUUAUCCAACAUCAGACAAUCCCUUUGUAAUUUUUUUGUAUUUAUGUAACCGUUAUGUUGGAUAAAGAGAAAAAAAUGGGAGGGUGGAUUGGAUUGCCUCCCUGUUUUUUCCAACCGUUUUUUUUUUUAUAUAUUUUGCAACCCGCCCCAUCUUAGCCCACCCCACGAGAAAAACGCACGACCUGCUCAUGUGAAAUGGUUUCAUGCCCACCGUCUGUCCCCCUGCGAUCUCCAAGCUUACGUCAGAAAGACUGAAUUUCAAAUUAUAGGCCUUUUUCAGCCUCAAUAAUCAACAUAAUGAGAUAAAUUGACAAUAAAUGGAAUACAGUUGUUGUUGGGUUUUUAACUUUAUUUAAGUGACCUCUCUAAACUUGCUUCACCCCUCCAUCUUUUUUUUUAAAACGUUAAUAGACUUUCCGUCUCAGACGCUCAAAGUCCGCCGACAUUCUUCUGUUACCCCUAACUGCGUUGUGAAACACUGGAUCCAGUAACCAUUAAGCGAAGUUGGCACUAGGUCAGGGCACCCACGUCGUGGAUGGAGUGCUGCUGUCGAGGAAAACUGACUUAGAGAUACAUCCAUAACAUGUUUUAAAUAUUAUUCUGCUAAGGUGCUCCAAAUGAAAACAAUACACUAACACAAAAACGUUUUAACGGAAAUCAACUGCACUUUUCAGAUUACAACAUAGGACUCAUCCGACUGGCCAAGCCAGCCGUACUCAGUAAUUGCGUCCAGCCCGCACUGAAAAUGGAAACUGACGCCUCAGCCUGCAUCGAUGUGGACAAGUCGUGUAUAAUGAUGGGAUGGGGUCCUUAUGCUGGUGAGUUGUAAUGAUGGGCUGGGGUCCUUAUGCUGGUGAGUUGUAAUGGUGGGAUGGGGUCCUUAUGCUGGUGAGUUGUAAUGGCGGAAUGGGGUUCUUAUGCUGGUGAGUUGUAAUGGUGGAAUGGGGUCCUUAUGCUGGUGAGUUGUAAUGGUGGAAUGGGGUCCUUAUGCUGGUGAGUUGUAAUGGUGGAAUGUUGUCCUUAUGCUGGUGAGUUGUAGAGGUGGAAUGGGGUCCUUAUGCUGGUGAGUUGUAAUGGUGGAAUGGGGUCCUUAUGCUGGUGAGUUGUAAUGGUGGAAUGGGGUCCUUAUGCUGGUGAGUUGUAAUGGUGGAAUGGGGUCCUUAUGCUGGUGAGUUGUAAGGAUGGGAUGGGGUCAUUUUGCUGGUGCGUCAUAGUGUAGGGCAUGGGCCCUCAUGUUGGUGAGUGACAGUGUAACCUGUUUUCGCCAGAAGUUUAUCCAUUUACAUAACUGUUUCUCAAUAAAUGAUAAAUCACGUACAAAUGCAUGAAUGCAACAAAAAUGCACAUAAAAUAUUUAUGCGAAAAACUUUGUUUUAGAGUUUGUUGUUUCAUUUUUAUUUUAUUUAUUUUUGUUGUUGUUUUUUUCACCCCAAAGCAUUAGAGCUGGACAAUUUGUGUGUAAAACAAUGGCAGAUGGGUCAAUCAUUAUUCUUGGAAACUUUUAGUAAAUGACGGAAGAAAUGUAUUAAUUUUUUGCGCCGUAUUAAAAGCAAUUAUAUACCAAUAAAUAACAUACAUUUUUCUGGAGCAUAAAAUGCUUAGUUUUAUAAAGACGCUUUCAAUUGUGUGUGCGAUAAAUACAUGUUAACCAUUACUGAACAGUGGCAAAACUUUAAUGGCUACCGCAAAUAUUCAAAAGGGUGGGGGUGGUGGGGGUGAAGGUUGGGUAAUAAAGUAAUUAGAAUCGGACUGGGUAAGGCGGGCACAUGGUGCACAGGCGAAUACCAAGCUCGGAAGCUCGAGAAUACUAGCUAGUGCCGUGUCCAAACAAGCCCCCUAAUAGAAUAACGCCGUAGUUUAUAACGUGGUUGCGUUGUCCCAGUUAGUCUAUAAGGCUAUACAGCCUACAUUCCAUAAAUUUCAAUCCUCAUGUUAGCACAAAAUAUUUUUGAUUUGAACCAAUCAUUUCUUUGUGUUUAAAAAGUUUCUUCGUGUUUUUCAUGUUAAAUCCUCAACCGUUUUCUUUUUUUCCUGCUUCGAUGUCUAAUUCUGACAAUCUGAGAUCGAUAUAUGUGCAGUGCAUAUAAUGUAGUGGCGUAUUUUUCUGGAAGCGCACUGCAAUUAUAUUCAUAUUUAUUGAAUGGUUCGCCCACCGGUAUCAUGAUUAGCCUUAAUUAAAAAUUCGAUUAUAUUUAUAACACUUUUUAUGUUGAAAUAAUCAAGAUGACUUUAAUGAAUUGAUUUUGUGAGGUUGCUGGUCCGGAGAGUACAUUACUCUAUUUCGGUAACAUACGUUUAAACACACACAAAAUAUUUUUUUAAUAACGCUUACUUAAUGCAUACAAAUUGUCUUUGGAGAUUUAAAGAGAUCGACCAUAAUCUUCAAAAAAAUAGAUUUUUAUACGGGUUUUUUUGUCCAAAACACAAAGAUAAAGUGUUUUAACACGUAGAAUUGUCUAGUUUGUGUUUUGCUUGAUCUUUCGCUCGUAAUUUUAAAAAUAAUAGUUGAAAUAAAGAUUUGUUUUUCCAUGAGCAGAAAUCACCGUACCAACAAAUUCCCGCCUGCUUCGAUCAGCCAACGUCACCGUGCUUGGAAGUUUUGUCACUGACAUCAUGUCAGUGUCCAAAAGGGGAACUAAGGCACCAGUUGGGACGCUCUUCGCCGAGGGACUUAAUCUUGGCAAUAAAGCCUGCUUUGUAAGUAUCGACAGUGCCUUGUAAGUGCUUUGUACGCAACGACAGUGCCUUGCAAGUGCUUUGACGCACCGACAGUGCCUUGUAAGUGCUUUGUAAGUACCGACAGUGCCUUGUAUGUGCUUUGUACGCACCGACAGUGCCUUGUAAGUGCUUUGUACGCACCGACAGUGCCUUGUAAGUGCUUUGUACGCACCUACAGUGUCUUGUCUGUGUUUUGUUAGUAUCAACAGCGUCAUGCCUGUGCUUUGUAAGUACCAACAGUGUCUUGUCUGUGCUUUGUAAGUACCAACAUUGUAUUGUCUGUGCUUUGUUAGUACCAACAGUGUCUUGUCUGUGCUUUGGAAGUACCAUCAGCGUGUUAUCUGUGCUUUGUUAGUAUCAAUAGUGUGUUGUCUGUGCUGAAUAGCUUAGCUAGAAGUGGGUUGGUGGGUAGGGCUGUCAAAAAUGUUUUUAAAAACCUGUCCGGGUACCCAUCUACCCACGAAGCCGGGUAUUCAGUCAAACUGUUAGGAAAUGAGAAGCCAGUAACAUGAAUGUUACAGAAUGGCACUCAAAAUAUAAUUAACUAUAAUUCCAGGCAAGUGCAGAAGACGAGACUGUCUUGUGAUUAAUUUUGGCCCUAGCCCCCCUUCACAACCUUCUAGCCCCUUCCACCACCUUCCCAGCCCCUCCACCACCUCCUUAGCCCCCCACCACCUACCCAGCUCCUCCACUACCUCCCUAGUCCUCUUUACCACCUCCCUAGCCCCCUCCCCUCCACCACCUCCCUAGCCCCUCCACCACCUCCCUAGCCCCCUCCACCAUCUCCCCAGCCCCCUCCACCACCUCAUUGUGUGAAUUUAGAAUAAAAACAUUUUUAUACAGAAUUUUGUCGUUGUUUAUUUUAAUAUAAGAUGGCAACAUAUAAGUUGCGUUUAUAGCAGGGGGGCUAUAUUUUAUAUUAUGUUGUUCCUUUGAUCCAAUGGCAAGGCUUAGUCAAGGCGACUGUAAAUAGACAAGGAUGAGUUGAUGACCAGCAUUGUUUCUUGUGUUUCACUGUGCUCUUUAUGCGUUCCACGUCGCAUGAGCUGCCAGUAUUUUUAAUUGUGUCAGUGACAUGCCGCCUACGGGACUCCUUCUCCGGGUUAGAUUUUAGAGUCGCCAUCCAAGUUCAGCGAGUCCCAUCCACAAGGGGUGAUGGUGUUGCAUUCGCUUGUCUUGGAUUUUUCUGCAAACCACUCGGCCACCCAGCAAGAAUAGACAGCAGUUUUUAGGCGGGAAAUUAUGUGUACUUUUGCAGGCAGCGUGAUAAUUAUCUAGUGAACGAGUGCUCUAUGCUACACGUUGAAAAUAAGUUUGAAAAUAAACUGUGAAACAAUGGUUAAUAAUGCUGCGAUCAUUAAUAUUAAAGUUUAACAAGUAUUUCCACAGUGAUCUUAAUUUUCAAAGGAUUUUACUGAUAAUUCACAAUUUUUAAAUUUUACGAAAACAUCUACCCAGUUCCGCUCUUAGCCCUGCGUGCCGCAGUUUGCCCGCCCCUGGAUAAGAGUGGGUCCCGACAGCAAUGUACUCAUUUUCUAAAUCAGAGGUUCCCAAUCAGUGAUCCGCGUAAUCCUAAGGGCUCCACGUGCACUUUUUAGGGGGCCUGAUAGACGUUGAUUAAAAGGGCUCCUCGGAUCAAAAUGGUUGGAAACCACCGAUAUAAAUUGUACAGAAAAAUGGUUAUAAUAAAAAUUGUUGUUUUUUUUCUUUCUUAUACUCUCACUUUUGACUUAUUAAGCUGAUUUUUUAAUUAAUUUUUUUUUUUUUUUUUUGGCUUGUUUUUUACAAAAUUUAAAUAUUUUUUUUCUUAAAGUUUGAUUGGGGAGGUCUUGUGAGUUGCCAGAGAAACGGGAAAUACGUUUUGCAAGGUAUCAUUGGAGACCACAACUGCAACUCUCAGCAAUGGACACCCAUCCUGGUGAGCAACAUGGAGUUCUUCCAAACCUGGAUCGACCUAUGCCUCGCCAACUGGUCUGCGUGCCCCAAUCUAUAGACGUUAAAAAAAAAACAGCUUCAUCAAAUCCUCAGCUGCUAGCUCAAAAAUUACACACACACAAAACUGAGUUUGCUAACCGGGAUGUGGGAUACGUCUUUUGGGAUAACAGUUUGCUGUUUUCAGUUUCUAUUUUACAUUAGUUCAAUUUAGUUCAAAACAUUUUUUUUUUACAUGUAUGAAAUAAUUCAUGUCAAUGCAGGUUUCAAAUUGAUUGGUUUAUGAUUUGUGAUGGUCCAAUGACGAGCCUUUCUCUUGACAUACCAAAAUACAAUAAAUUAGUUUGAUUUUGUUG